UAGAGGAAACUGACUUCUCAGUCAGGGAACCCACAUUUUCACACCUCUGUUGGUAUAUAUACCCCUGCAGAGCCCGAGCCAGCACCAUUCUCACAGGCCUCCAGAGUCCUCCACCACACUGAAGGCUGAACUUCAGAUCAGGCUGCAGGCUGAGUGAGACAGGGUGUGAGGUCUGGUGAUUGUGUCCAGGUUAGGAUGAGUACCAGGCAUGUGUGGAGCGGGGCAGCAGUGUGUCUCUGUGUCAUGCUCUGCUGGAUGGGGGAAGCCAGAGUGGACUCAGCGUUCCUGUCGGACGCCAUGGACAGCAACAUCCAGAAACUGAUAAAGCAACAUAAACUUCAAGAGACCGAACGUUCCUGGGGUUCUCCUGUGUUUCCUGCAGAUCUCCUCAACUCCAAGUUGGAGGAUUCAGAAAAGGCCAUCCUGAUGGGCCUGGCCCUGGAGGUGUAUGAGAAGAUACUGGGGCAGAUGGCGGGGCAGGAGGGGGAGCAGCAGGGGGAGGGGGGGCAGGAAGGAGACCAGACCCGGGCUCAGGUCUUGAAGAGAAUCAAAGAGAUCCAGAAGAACUACUUCCCUCGCCACGUGGAGGUUGGGAAGGUUGUGAAGAAGCUCUGGAGCAUUAAGACUGAAGACGUGCAGGUGCAGAGUAACUCCCUGUGGGAGCUGAAGAGGGUGUAUGAGGAGGCGUCCCGCCUGGGGAACCAUUUCAAGAAGCUUCAGAUGAGGAGAAGGAGACGACAAGCUCAGAGGACCAAAAAUCCCCGGGUAUAGAUGUCCCUCCGGCCUGGCCAACCCCCACCUCUCCCCGAGA